UCUCCUGCCGGGCCCGGGUGCACGCAGCCAAUGGCGGCCGCUCCCCAAACCCGGGGGGCUCCCCCAAAACUGGGGGUCCUGAGCCCCCUGCUCAUCCUCAGCCUCCUCCUCUUCCUCCCAGGUUCCCGGCCUGAGACCUCCAGCUGGCUCCCCCCGGUCACCUCCCCGAGCUCGGAGACCCCCACCCCUCUGUCGGUGCGCACCAGCCCCGACUCCAGCCCCAGGUGCGGCUCGUGGGGAGAGGUCCUCGUGAAGCCGGUGCCCCCGUCCAGCUCGGGGACCCUGGGCUCGGCCCUCGCCAUCGAGUGCGGCUUCGAGCCCGAGGACGCCAAGGUCACCUGGCUGCAGGUGUGCCCGCGGCGCUACCUGGGCCACACCUGGAGCUGCACCUGGCCCCAGGAGGUGCCGGCCGAGGGCGGCGGCCGCCAGGUGAGCUUGGUGAAGCCGGGUGUGUCCCGGCUGAGCUUUGCGCACCUGCGGCACAACCACAGCGGGCUCUACUUCUGCCGCGUGUGGCGGGGCGCAGCGGCCGCGCAGUCCUGCGGCACCUUCGUCCGGGUGCUGGAGGCCGUGCCGGAGCCGCUGCUGGACCUGACAGACGCCACCAAGAACAGGAUCCUGACGGCGCAGGGGGUGCUGCUGCUGCUGUGCGCGGCGGGCCCGGGGCUGCUGCUGCUCUUCAGGAAGCGCUGGGCCAAUGAGCGGCUCCUCCAGCCCAAGAAAAUCUCCUUGGAGGAGGAAAACCUUUAUGAGGGGCUGAACCUGGACGAGUGCUCCAUGUACGAGGACAUUUCCCGGGGGGUCCAGCCCACCUACCAGGACGUGGGGACCCCCCCUGCCCCCGACAGCCUCCUGGAAAAACCUUAAAAGACCCCCAAAAUAAGGGGGGAUCCCACGGGACCCCUCCCCAAAGCCCC